AUGGCAGGAAUAAUGAAGAAGAUCCAGGAAACAGUGCAGAGCCAUAAGAAGCAACACGAUGGGGAGAAUGGAGCUCAUGAAGGAGUUGGGAUUGUGGAGAAGAUGAAAGAGAAGAUCCAUGGUUACAAAGAGAAAAACAAAGAGAAGAAGAAGCAAAGGAAGGAGAGGAAGGAGAAAAAAGAAAAAGAGAAGAAGGAGAAAAAAGCCAAACAAAAAGCAGAAGAAGCAGAAGAAGAAGAAGAUGGGGGUGAAAGCAGCGAUGGCGAUAGUGACGACAGUGGUGGCGGGAGCGACUAA